AUGAAACGCCAUAGCCAGGGCGACGAUGUGGAGCCCAUUGUCUCGUCCUCGCGGCAGCCCGUGCCCAACAUCGUAGCGCCCCAAUCGCCGGAUACAUAUUCCAAUGGCUCCACAGCGCGGCAGGAGCAGGAGAAACGCGAGAUCGCCGGCGAUGAUCAGGAAGAUUUUGGCUACACGCAUACGCUGAUGUAUGGCCGUUAUUCUAGGGAUCUACAACAAUUUGCAGGCGAUGAGGCACGAAGAUUGCGCAAGCUCGCCAAGUUGCGCAAACAGGAGGAUAAGCUCAGGAGUCAGCUGCUGCAGCUGGAGUCCAAUGAUCCGACGAGAUUGCACAGCAUGUCCUCGUGGGCGUGGCACCAUGUCUCCGAUCGCCUGAGCAAGGAUUGGAUCUUUCUAACCACAUGCGCCAUUAUAAUGGCCUUGAUAUCUCUGGCCAUGGACGAAGGCAUACGCUUGUUUGUGGCAGCGCGCUUUUGGUUCUAUAAGGAUAUUACUGCCGAUCCAUUUGCCCAGUAUUUGACUUGGGUCACAAUACCCGUGCUAAUGAUAUUAUUUUCAGCCACUUUUGUGCAUUACUUGGCACCACAAGCUGCAGGUUCUGGCAUACCUGAAAUGAAAACCAUUCUGCGUGGCGUUCCACUGAAGAACUAUCUCACAUUUAAGACGCUGGUGGCCAAGGUUUUGGGCCUAACAUUCGUGUUGGGCAGCGGCAUGCCACUGGGCAAGGAGGGUCCCUAUGUGCACAUCGCCAGCAUUGUGGCGCAUCUUCUAAGCAAGCUGGCAACGCCAUUUCGCAGCAUCUAUCAGAAUGAGUCGCGUAGCACCGAAAUGCUGGCCGCUGCCUGCGCUUUGGGUCUGGGCACCUGCUUUGCGGCGCCCAUCGGAGCUGUGCUUUUCAGCAUUGAGGUGACCACCACAUACUUUGCGGUGCGCAAUUAUUGGCGCGGUUUCUUUGGCUGUGUGGUGGGCGCUUCGGCGGUGCGACUUUUGGCCGUGUGGUUCCAGGGCGCUGACACAGUUACCGCUGUCUAUCCCACCAAUAUCAGCACAGAGUUUCCUUUCGAUUCGCGGGAGCUUGUCUUCUUUGCCUUGACUGGUGCACUCUGCGGCUUGCUGGGCGCCUCCUUUGUCUGGGUGCAUCGUCAGUAUGUGCUCUUCAUACGCUCCAGCAAGAAAUUGAAUAAGUUUCUGCAAAAGAAUCGCCUCAUAUAUCCCGGCCUUCUGGCCCUGCUGAUAUCCACGCUGACCUUCCCCCUGGGCACUGGCCAGUUUCUGGGCGGUGAUCUCAGCACCGAGGAUCAGUUGAUUGAGCUCUUUAGUAACUUUACCUGGACCGAGAAGGAUAUGAGCGCGGAGCAGGCGAACAUUGUCGCCCACUGGCAAACCAAGCACACCAGCAUCUUUGGCAAUCUGAUUAGCUAUACGCUCUUCCAUUACUUCUUCUCCAUCAUUGGCUCCACUAUGGCCGUGCCGCACGGCAUGUUCAUACCAGCUCUGAAGAUUGGCAGCGGCUUUGGUCGUUUGAUUGGCGAAUUUGUGGCCUGGACUUUUCCGCUGGGCGUGCGUUAUGGCGACUGCAUGUCACCCAUUAUGCCGGCGGCGUAUGCUAUUGUGGGCGCUGCUGCCUUUGCCGGCUCGGUGACCCAUUCCAUUUCGGUGGCCGUGGUCGUGUUUGAGAUCACGGGACAAAUUGCGUUUGUGGUGCCCGUGCUUGUGGCUGUGCUGGUGGCCAAUGCGGUUGCCUCGCUGCUGCAGCCGUCCAUGUACGAGAGUGUGAUAAUGAUCAAGAAGCUGCCCUAUCUACCCGAUCUGCUCUACACAAACUCCUCGCUGUACAACAAGUAUGUGGCGGACUUUAUGCUGCGUGAUGUGAAGUACAUUUGGCAGGGCAUCUCCUAUCAGAGCCUCAAGGAUUUGCUGCGGCAGAACAAAAAGCUGCGGUCGCUGCCCUUGGUUGAGAGUCCAGAAAAUAUGAUUCUCCUGGGCUCCGUGCAGCGUCUGGAGUUGGUUAAAUUGAUCGAGGAGCAGGUUGGACGCGAGAAGCGCAUGGAAAUGGCGCAAAGAUGGCGCGAAGAGGAGAUCAAGGAGCAGUCUUCUGUGCGACGCCCGUCACGCUUCGACGUUGUGGCCGCCCAGGACAUGCUGAAUCUGCACCAGCUUAACGCUGACGAAGCCGAGGCGCACAAGUCCAUACUGAAGAAAAACAAUCAGCAGUCCAGCGACUCGCUGAACAGCGUCCACAGCAAUUCUGAGUCCCCGCUGCGCACGGUUCUUCAGUCCAUUUUCAAGAAGUCCUCGGAUCCGGUGCUCGACCUCGAAACUGGUACCAAUGAGCAGCUGCCGCCCGUGGUCAGUCCAUCAAAGCGUGUGCACCUGAUUGGCGAUCGUGUCGUCGACAUGUCACCCGAGGGCAAGAAGCUUUGGGAGCUAGAUCAAUUGGCCAAGCCCAUAGACUUUUACAACUCUGCGGCACGCGUGGAUCCAUCACCCUUUCAGCUGGUGGAACGCACCUCAUUGCUGCGCGUGCACUCCCUGUUCUCCAUGAUGGGCGUUAAUCACGCCUACGUGACCAAUAUUGGUCGCCUUGUGGGCGUGGUGAGCCUUAAGGAGCUCCGCAAAGCCAUUGAGGACAUUAACAAUCAGAGCUUUGAGCCUUCAGCCCGCGAACAUCCGCCAGAUGUAAAGCCCCUGCUCGCAGGCAGCUCCAGUGACGAGGGCGUCAAUAGCACUAUCACAUCCGUAAACUCCAUGUCUGGCGACAUUCGAGCCAAUCUUAUGGGGGCACAAGGAAACGGUGCAGUUAAUCAGGGCGCACACACCAGCGUUUAG